AUGGGAAUUAUAAAUGAUUUGCGUGGUGUUGUGGCAUUCAGCUCACAGGGUGAUCGUAUUGCUUUAACACAAAUUGAACAAAUGAUAAAUGGAAAAUAUGAAAAAUUAGGUUACUACGACACUCAAUUGGAUAAUCUAACAUGGUUGAGUAUGGAACGCUGGAUAGGUGGAAAGGUUCCUCAAGAUCGUACUAUAGUAAGACGUGUCUUACGCACCGUAUCGCUGCCAUUAUUUGUCUGUAUGUGUACAAUUUCUAGUUGUGGCAUAAUAGUAGCUUUAGCUCUAAUUAUAUUUAAUAUAUGGAAUAAACAUAGAAGGUAA